AGUUUCUUCCCAGUCAUGAAACUGUUCCUGCUAACUCUUUCCGUGGCCUUGGCCUUGGUCGCCGGUUCCCCAACCGGUCUGAACCGCACCCAGCUGCUCCCCAGGGUGACCAUUUCCGAGGGUCCCGAGGGUCGCAUCGUCAACGGCUACCCAGCUCCCGAGGGAAAGGCCCCCUACAUUGUGGGUCUCUUCAUCCGUACCGAUGGAAGCAACAGUGGUGCUGUUGGUGCUGGUACCAUCAUCUCCAACGAGUGGAUCCUGACCGCCGCCCAUUGCCUGACCACCGACUACGUGGAAAUCCAUUACGGUUCCAACUGGGGCUGGAACGGCGCCUACAGGCAAACUGUUCGCCGCGACAACUUCAUCAGCCAUCCCGACUGGCCCGCCCAGGGCGGUCGUGACAUCGGUUUGAUCCGCACUCCCUAUGUGGACUUCAACGCUCUGAUCAACAAGAUCCCCCUGCCCAGCAUGAAUGAGCAGAACGAUCGUUACCAGGACACCUGGUGUGUGGCCUGCGGAUGGGGCGGUAUGGACAAUGGAAACCUGGCUGAUUGGCUGCAGUGCAUCGAUGUCCAGAUCGUCAGCAACAGCGAGUGCAAUCAGGCCUACGGUUCGGUUGCCGAUACCGACAUGUGCACCCGCCACGCCGACGGCAAGUCGGUGUGCGGCGGCGACUCCGGUGGCCCCCUGGUCACACACGACAACGCUCGUCUCGUCGGUGUGAUCACCUUCGCUUCCACCGGCUGCCACAACGGUCCCUCCGGCUACACCCGCGUCUCCGACUACCUGGGAUGGAUCCGCGACCAUACCGGCAUUUCCUACUAAGUUCCCGAGGAAUAGUAAAUGACCAUACGGGGGAUUCCUCUGUAUAGUCUUUGCUAUUCUAAAUAAAUUCAUUCAAUAACUGCAA